AUGCAAUUGCAAGAGAGUGUGAAAACGUAUCUAUUCGAUGAAUUGCCAUUGGAGAGCACAUCGAAGGUCGAGAGGGACUUUCGUUCAGCAACCGUGUGUCCCUUCUGCCACAAGAAAUUGGAAAACGACAAGGUUAGACAUCAUGCACAUGUGGCAGGUGAAUACACCACAGGAAAUGGAGAAGUACGCCACUUCGAAGCCGGACAGUACAUCUGCACCUGUUGUACCAAGUGUAACCUACAACUCUCCUUCAACAAGAAGAACUAUCGUCUACCAGUCUACUUCCACAAUGGAUCGCACUACGACUUCACAUUCAUCAUGAAGCUCAUCGCGACGAUGCCUGGCGGGAAUCUCGAAGUCAUUCCAACCACUAAGGACAAGGAAAUGCAGAUCGAGUACAAUGGCAUUCAAUUCAAGGACUCGUUGAAACUCAUCAGUAGUCCACUGCGUAACUUGGACCUCUGUGUGCACACCAAAGACCAACUAUGCAAGUACUGUGAUUCUCAAGGUAAGCAAUGGAGUGACGAAUACAUCGAUUUGUUGACACGGAAGGAACCCAUGUUUUACAGUCUCAUCAAAUCAUACGAGACGAUGAGCAAUAGAGUCAUUCCUUCUCGUGAGCAAUGCAUUGAUGAUAUGAAGGGAGAAAUGAUGCCACAAGACGAAUAUGAUCACAUGGUGAAGCUGUGGAAGACCUUCGAUAUCAAGACAUGGGGUGAAUACUACGAAUUAUACAAUGUACUCGAUGUGACUCUCAUGGCUGAUGCAUUCGAGCAUUUCCGAAACACUACACUGAAUGCAUUCGGUGUUGAUCCCAUGCAUUACAUCACAGCACCACAAAUGGCCUAUUCGCUCUUCUUGAAGGUGACAAUGGAGGGUAAUCAUAGUGAGAGUAGCCUCAUGACCCUCGCAAGGAAAUGGGCUCAGUACAUCAUGCGCAUCAACGCGAAUGAGGGACUUGCCGAGAAACAACUGGUGAAAGUGUUCUUGAAUCGCAUGGGUGAAUUCUAUGAGAGCAAGGGCAUUCGAUUGAUGGAGACAAAUGAUAUCGAUGACUUCAUGCGAUUAUUGAAGAACCUGCGAGGAGGUAUCACACAGAUCGUGAAACGGCAUGCCAAGGUUGACAUUGACAACAAGGAGCAAACAACGUCGUCCCAAGGCAUCUACUACCUCGAUGUGAACAACCUGUAUGGAGGAGCCAUGCAUCGAAUGAUGCCUUACGAGUUGGUGGGUGUACCUGAGCGACGAGAAGUGAUGGAGAAGAUCAAUCGUGAUCCAAAUGGAUGGGUGCAAUCAUUCAAGACGUUCGGUAAGUAUGGAUACUUCAUCGAGUGUGACAUCGAGGCACCAGUGGAGCUGCACGACAAGUUCAAUGAUCUGCCAUUCUUUCCCGUACAGAAGGCGGGCAUGUACUCUGAUGGAAUCAAGAAGUACGCUGAGAAGAACGACAUUGUGGACAAAGUGAAAGAGGUGAAUACACCGAAGCUCAUCUGUGAUCUUGUACCUCGUCGCAAGUAUCUCGUGCAUUACUCUCUGUUGCAACUGGACAUUCAACAGGGAUAUCGAGUCACACACAUUCACCACAUCAUUCGAUUCAAGCAGGCACCGUUCAUCUUCGAGUACGUGAACAUGCUGAGUGAGAAACGAGCUAAAUCCAAGACCACUGUGGAGAAGAACCUUUACAAGCUGUUGGCAAACUCGACCUAUGGCAAAUUUGUGGAGAUUGGAUUGAAACGGAUGAAAGUGAAGUUCGCUAACACAUGGAAUGAACGUGAGGCAAUCAUUCAGAAGCAUGGGUAA